UAUGAACAUCACAAACAGUUAAGCUUCAGAAUUGCAAAGUUGUACGAACAAAAUGGGCGCGAUAUUUUGUGCUUUAUUCCUGGCAAUGCAAUUGGCAUUUAUUCAAUCGGCAAUACCCCGUGUGUAUAUUAAAUGUAGUGUUUGGGACUCUGGGUGCCUAACCAGACAGGCUCAAAUAAAAGUGCCCGCCCUUACCUCUGGAAUACCAGAGCUCUUCACCGAAACAUUGGAUCCCAUGCUAGUGAACUUCGCCCGUGUCGACCUCGCCGGCUUAAAAAUGGAUUUGAACAAUGCCGUAAUUCAAGGGUUCAGGAACGCUGUUAUUGAUAGAAUUAACAUUGACACAGUAUCGCGACAAAUACAAUUAGUGUACCAUACCGAUCUUGCGAUGAAAUCCCGGUAUAGCGCUCAAGGAAGUAUCCUCAAUUUGCCAUUUAAUGGAGAUGGGGAAGCUGUAAUAUCUGCAAAAAAAGUGCAAAUGGAGUACCUAAUGCCGUUUGAAAUAUCAAAAGACGCUUUUGGCAGAGAUGUAAUUGAUCUGAAAGGACUCCAAUACUGGUUCGACGUUAAGGACAACGUACGGUUUGACUACACUAACUUGUUCUAUGGCAACAAGGGACAGAGCGAUUUAAUGCAUCAAUUCCUGAAUACAAACUGGAAAUCAGUCGCAUUAACCUACGGACGACCAGUGUUUGACGUGCUGAAUAUGAAAAUCUUCAAUGCAAUUAGAUCAUAUCUUCUUUCGCAGCCUAUUGAAGAAAUAUUUCUAAAUUAGAUUACAAUAAUUAUAAAUGCACUUUAUUUAAGUGCACCGGAAAUAUAUACUUUUACUAACUUUUAAUUAUCAUGUUAUUGCAAAAAGGCUCUCUCAGCUUCAAGUUCAAAUAUUAAAAUAAAAUAAAAAAAACAACUUCAAUAUAUUUUAAUUGAUUGGCGCUUUUAAAAGGAAAAAAAUUGUUUCACAAAAACCCGACUACUCGCUUCCGCAAAACUUUGGUUAACGUAAUUUUUUUAAAUAAUCCCGAAAUAGCAUAAAAGUGAACGUUUUAAAUUUUUAUAUUCAUAGUGCAAAAUGUCGUUGAUUAUUUUAAAAACAUUAAGACGUAUUAACAUAUAUUAUUUUAAAGUCGCCAUAUUUUAUUAAUGUUAAUUU